CGGUACUUACUUCGCCCGCCGUCGCUUCCUUUCAACGAGAACGACUCCGAAGAAAUGCUCCUCUACGGAGUCCUGGCCACGGCAAGGGACUACUCCUUGGACACCAUCUCUUCCUCGCACGUCGCUAGAGACCACGAGGAAGUGAACUCGAGGUCGGGAGACGUCGUCCACCUGGACGGCAACGAAGGCGAGCCCGCCAGGGAGGCCUCGUACCGGGGGGUGCGGCGCAGGCCGUGGGGGAAGUACGCGGCGGAGAUAAGGGACUCGACGAGGAACGGGGUCCGGGUCUGGCUCGGGACGUUCGACACGGCCGAGGAGGCCGCCCUGGCCUACGACCAGGCCGCGAUCGCGAUGCGGGGCCCGCUGGCCGUGCUCAACUUCCCUCCGGAGGUGGCCUACAGGUCCCUCCAAGAAUUGGCGGGUCAGGACAACGGCAUUCUGGGGCUUCAGGAGGGCGCCGGCUCGCCGGUCCUCGCCCUCAAAAAGAGGCACUCCAUGAAGAGGAAGUCCGAGAUGAAGAAGAAGAAGGAGAAGGAGCAGAUGCUGAAGAAUGUGGUGGUGCUGGAGGAUCUCGGAGCUGCCUACUUGGAGGAGCUCCUCAAAGUAUCUGAAGACCCUAGCCCUUGGUGAUCCAAGACUUUUUUUUUUACUUUAACUUGCAAGAAUCUACCCAAGGAUUUCUGCCGAGGAGGAGUUGUUUCUUAUAUUUCAAAUCUCUCUUCUUCAUCUAGUAAGCUUAGAUUGUGCAAUCUGGGUUCUUCUCUGGAUAAAUUGAGAUUGGAACUCAUGAUUGAGAUAGUGGAGGGUACCCAAGUGGUGAUCUACUAUUUUCGUCGGUCCUACGAUUCUUUUGUCAACAAAGACAGGGGGGGGCGACACCUUUUUCUUUUUGUCUUUGCACGGUAUUUGUGGAUGGUUAUGAUAAUACAGGUUGCUGCACAUUGAUUCUGAC